GACUUCUCAGUCUGUCGAGUUGGUGAUUGAACGAAUAGGUGGCACUAUAGGAGAUGUGAGGGUUACCUGGGCUGUCACUGGAGGAACAGCCAAUACUGAUGACUACAGGGCCAGUGGUGGUGCUCUCACAUAUCAGGAGGGGGAGACAAAGAAAUACAUCAUCGUUGGAAUAGUUGAUGAUGUCAUUCCAGAGGUCACUGAGACAAUUUAUAUCCAGCUGCAAAAUCCCCUCGGUGGGGCCACCAUUGACCCUGCUCAGUCUUCAUUCACUAUCUCUGUUCUGGCCAAUGACAAUGUGGCUGGACGAGUAGGGUUCAGUACCAACUCCAGGUCUAUCCUUGGGCAAGAAGGCCAAGCCCUACAGCUGGAGGUGGUGAGGAACUCUGCUGCAGGCAGGGUGACUGUACCCUGGCACAUCGAGGAGAGGGAGAGAAAUAUUCGGGACCAGGGAUUUGCUGAAGUUAACGGAACUGUUGUGUUUGAAGAUGGCAUUUUCUCUGUUAACAUCACCCUUCAUGUCCUCGAUGACCAAAUCCCUGAGACAAAUGAGGAGUACCAGAUUAUACUGAGUGAUCCACGAACAGAAGGUGUGACCGUAGGAGGGAAUGCUGUGCUGGACCCGGUGGGCUCCACGGCUGUCAUCUCCAUCCUGGCCAGUAAUGAGCCACACGGAGUGGUCGGGCUGGCAGCUGGCUCUAGACUGGUCUCCACGUCGGAGGGCAACAAGACUAUUCAGCUGUUCCUGGACAGGAAGUUUGGAGCCAUUGGUACUAUUCGUGUACACUAUGAGAUCAUAAAUGGCAGCACUGUUGUCCUGAAUCCUGAAGUAGCCCUGGCAACUCCCAUGGAAGACUUCACUGCAGAAGUGGGAUACGUUGAUAUGACUGAUGGCAUGACAUCCACCACCAUUGGCAUAGAUAUACUGGAGGACGACAUUCCAGAACUUGUAGAAGUUUUCCUUGUAAACAUCACGGAAGUCCAGCUCAUCCACCCAAAUACUUCCACAUACCCUCCACAACUUGAUGCAGGGAGAACCUUAGCCACAGUGUCUAUUGAUGCUAAUGAUGGGACAAAGGGUGUCAUGAUUUUUCCAUCAGGCAGUGCAAGUAUUUUUGUGGAAGAGCGUGACCAGAACCUGACACUGAUGGUGCUGAGAGACAGAGGCACCUAUGGGGAGGUGUCUGUCAUCUACUAUCCUCAGAACAGGCAAGCCUCUCUGGGAGACGACUACUUCCUGGAUACUGAAACCCUGUUCUAUACAGAUGGUGAAAACCUGCAGAACAUCACUGUCUCUAUUUUUGACGAUGACAUCCCCGAGGGUGACGAGGUGUUUGAGGUUGUCCUGAGCCUGCCUUCUCCAGGACUGGAGCUGGGAACACCAAGCAAGGCCAUCAUCACCAUUUUGGCUAAUGAUGAUGCUCAGGGAAUCAUAUCAUUUGAGUCACCUGCCAACAUAUCACUGGACGAGGCCACCUCAGAGUCCACAGCCAACAGUGUUGCCCAGUUACGCAUCGUCCGUGGACCAGGGACAUUUGGAGAGGUGACCGUGCAGUACACUGUCAGACACUUGGAUGGGUCUGCAGGAGUCAUGGACCUUCUGCCCACUGAUGGUUUUGUCAGAUUCCUGCCUAUGGAGGAUGUGGCGAUUUUGGAAAUCUCAGCUGUGAUGGACAAUUUGCCUGAGUUUGCAGAGACCUUUGUGGUGACUCUGCUGGAUCCAAGUGGAGGAGCCAAGCUGUCAGACAUGACGACUGUGUACAUCACUGUGGAGGCUAAUGAUUAUCCCUAUGGCAGGAUUGAUAUCUAUCCUUCAAAUCUGCCAAAUAGGACAUCCGUGUUGGAGGUGGAGGAAGAUGUUGGUACUGUGAGCCUCCAGGUUGAGCGGUCCAAAGGCAUGCUGGGAACUGUGUCUGUGAGGUGGCAGACCAGGGAUGUGUCUGCUGUCAGUACAGCUGGAAGUGACACAGUCCUGGCCCUUGCUCAGACCUUUGAGGGAAGGGGAGUCAGAGACUUCCACACUUUCACCUUUGACAGUGAGACUUAUUUUGUGGUGGUCAGUGAUGACCAGAAGGGAGCUCUGUCCAGUCCAGUUGGGAGUGAUGGUUCAUCAGAUGAGACACAGUUUACCCUUACCACACUGUACAAGUGGCAGGGAGCCUUUGUACCUGUUCAAACCAUUGAGACUGAUGGUGGCAGUAGCUGUACAUCAUUCACCAUAGAUGGGACCAGGUACCUGGCUGUGGCCAACUACGGCAGUGCCGGUCGCUUCCAGGCCAUGUCCAGGAUAUAUCGUGUCACUUCUAAUGGAACACUGCUCGUGGUGCAAAACAUGAAUACUCUUGGUGCACGAGACAUUGUUUACUUCAGGUCAGCUGACUCCCACUACCUUGUUGUGGCAAACUACAUGGACAAUGCACAGCGGACCAACAUCAACUCACAGGUGCUUCAAUGGACAGCAGGACAGUUUGUACCUGUUCAGGGUAUCCCAACUUUUGGAGCAUCAGCACUAGAAAUUUUCCAGAUUGGAAACCAGCUAUACCUGGCUAUUGCUAACCACUAUGACUCAUCACAACAGAAUUUCCAGAUCACAUCUGCGAUAUAUCGUUGGAGUGGUAGUGGAUUUGAUACAAGUAACCCCCAGAGAAUCAAUACCUUGGGAGCAACAGAUGUGGAGUCCUUUCAAAUCAAUAGUGACACUUAUGUGGUGUUCACCAACAGCAGAGACAACAGUGGCACAACUUCAGUGACCUCUAUUGUGUACAAGUUUGACUCUCAGUCAUCCAGGUUUCUAGUCCACCAGAACAUCGACACCUACAAUGCUCGUACUGCUCAGGUGUAUGAUGCACCUAGUGGACUGGAACACUUGGUUAUUGCCAAUGCAGACAGUGCCUCUGAAAUCUUUGUUUGGAACAGCAUUGACAACUUGUUUACAAAGCUUGUAGAUGGCCCACCCUGCUACAGUCUAUACCCUGUCAUUGCCCCUAACUACGAUGGUGGGAGGACAAGUCUACUGGCCUGCGCUAACUAUGGUGAUGGAUCCAUGUCACUCACAUCCUCUGUCUUUGAGGUGACAACAACAGGGGAGGGGUCUGACUUCAUAGCAAGAUGGGGAGAGCUGACCUUUGAACCUGACAUGAGAACUCUGACUGUCAUCAUCCCCAUUGUCAAUGACGAGAUCCCUGAAAGUGACGAGUCUUUCACCGUCAUCCUGACUGAUCCGACUGGUGGGGCUGAGAUUGGCAGUUAUGGGGAAGUGACUGUCACCAUCCUAUCCAAUGACAACGCACAUGGAAUAAUAGGAUUUGUGGAGGAUCAGUUGGAGACUGAGGCAGAGGAAACAGCCAGUGACAACACAGUGAGUCUGACUGUGGAGCGUCUCCAGGGAACUGUGGGGCAGGUCAUUGUCAACUGGGAAGCCUCGCGGGACGCUGCAGCUGAUAUCAGCCCUGUGUCAGGACAGGUUGUGUUCCUGGAUGGAGAGCGGUACAGUGUGCUGACAUUGUCAAUCUUAGCAGACUCCUUACCAGAGCUAGCAGAAUCUUACAUCAUCACCCUCACUAACAUCACUGAAUCUGGAAGCCAAAGACCAGAUCGAGGGUCACAACUUAAUCCAGAGAGGUCCUCAGUGUUGCUGACCAUCCUUCCUAAUGACUCGCCACAUGGGGUGGUGGGCUGGACAUCAGACUCCCUCCGGGUCAUUGUUCCUGAAACAGAAAGACAAUCAACAGUCACUCUGACCAUAGGAAGGGACCAGGGCACACUGGGGGAUCUACAAAUUUCCUACAGCACUGCAAGUGCCAGUGGCCUGAACCUGCCUGUGUCAAACCUGGCCACACCAGGGCAGGACUAUGUGUACAAGAGUGGGUCAGUCAUCAUGAGAGAGAACGUCACACAGGCUACUGUUACUGUGGACAUCCUGCCGGACAAUGCUCCUGAGGGUGACGAGACCUUCCUGAUGAACAUCACGUCUGUGCAGCUGUUAGGCUCCAGCCCCUUCGACUAUGGACCUGGUAUCCGCAGGCCUGGUCUGGAGUUUGCUGAAAUCAUCAUCGAUGAGAAUGACGAUGCCCAGGGGUACCUUCAGUUCAAUGUCACAAAGAAUGCCGAUGGUCAUGUGGAGACAUAUGAGGGAGCAGGGACGGCCAGUAUCCUGCGUCUGGAGGUGAUCCGGGUGGUGGGGAUGUUUGGUCCUGUCAGUGUGGACUGGGUGGCCUCGCCUGGCACAGCACGGCUGAACGAGGACUACAGACCCGCAUCUGGCACCAUCAGCUUCCCUGAUCUCAGCACAUCACAGUACAUAGACAUCGUCAUUGUGGAUGAUGAUGUUCCUGAGUUUCCAGAGACAUUUAACGUACAGCUGCGGAACCCGACUGGUGGGGCCAAACUUGGAGUGGAGAUUAGUGUAACUGCUGUCAUUCUGCAGAACGACUCUCCCUAUGGACUCUUCCAGUUCCCUGAAUCAGACCUAGCGAGGAGUGUGUCAGAAUCUGAAACCAACGAGGACCCUGCUGGUGUGGUGGUGUUCACUGUGGAGAGGGUGCAAGGCCUGCUGGGAACUGUACAGGUGGACUGGAGACUGGAGAGUGCAGCACAAUAUGACCUGACUCCCUUAUUUGGAAGCCUGACCUUCUCACCAGGCCAGAUGACUAGCACAAUUACCCUUCGAACUUACCCAGAUGACAUCCUGGAGGGGGAGGAAAGAUUUACCCUCUCUCUCACCAAUGCCAACAAUGGUGCUGAGGUCUCCCCUGUCAGAGGAAGGGCUACAGUGAUCAUCCUGCCCAAUACAGGGGCAGCUGGAAAUGUGGCCAUCGUUCCUGCAUCCAGAAAUGUCCUUGUGGGAGAACCAGCUGACAACUAUGAUGGAUCAGCAAGUAUCAGUUUGACCAGAGGAGUAGGGAUCUAUGGGACUGUGCAGGUCACCUGGCAGCUGACACCUUCAGAGGCUGACACUUUCCAACAGACGUCUGGAUUAGUGGUGUUCCAGGACAGACAACAAAACGUCACCUUUGACAUACAGACCCGAGACGACAAUGUCCCAGAGCUGAGGAAAACCUACACGCUGGAGCUGGCAGGUGUGACAGGAGGGGCACAGAUUGACCAGACCUCAGACACUGCAGCUGUUACAGUUGUAGCCAGUGACUAUCCAUAUGGCAGGUUUGAGUUCCAACAUGAGAGAGUCACAGUGUCAGAGGACUUACAAGAGGUGGUUAUCCUGGUCCUGAGGAGGGAUGGGCCACUGGGGCAGGUACGCAUCACAUACAGCACCUCUCCCGGGACUGCUACUCCUGGACUGGACUACAGGACCAGGAAUGGAGAAUUGAUCUUCAAUGACCAAGAGGAGUUCAAGAGCAUAACUGUACAGAUACAACCAGAUGCCCUACCAGAGGGACCAGAGACUUUCUAUGUCAACCUCACCAGCGUGCAACUCUUAGCACCAAUGGAUCCCGACUUCAGUGUCCAAGAAGGUGGCCUUCAGCUGGACCUUCCACCUAUCAUUGGUUCCGUCUCCACUGUAGAAGUCACCAUUCUGAAAAAUGACAAUGCAGAGGGUGUCAUUCAAUUUGCAGCAGAAGCUUUGGACUUUGCAGUGCAAGAAGAUGUCAACAUAGCCCGAGUGCCGGUGGUUCGCAACUUUGGGACCUUUGGUCAGGUCACAGCCAAGUACACAUCCAGUGACAUUGGUGCAACACCUGGAGCUGACUACGACGUGCUGGGAUCUGAAGUGGUCUUCAUGGACGGUCAGGAUCGUGCCUUCAUUGAGGUCAGGAUCUAUGACGAUCUGAUCAGGGAGUACGACGAGAAGUUUGAGCUGACCAUUACUGAAGCCACUGGUGGGGCACAGCUGGGCACGGCGCUGACCUCACAGGUCACCAUCUCCAGGAGCGACUCUCCCAGCGGACUGGUUGGGUUUGUAGGGGAGACUGACAUUGUCAUGGACAACCCAUCUCGGCAGGAGACACUCACCUUCAGUAUCGAAAGGUCUGAAGGGCUGCAGGGACAAAUUCAGGUGAGGUGGAGAAUCCUGGGACCAAAUUCAGACACACCCGUGCAGGUGACCAAUGACCUGAUGCUGACAAACAACCCAACAGCACAAGUCCUGGAAGGCGUGUUCAACUUCAAUGCCAAUGAAGGAGGCCCCUCCUCCAGGAAGAGCUUUCAGAUCACUGUCCAGCCUUACCCUGGGCCAGAAGUACAGGAGGUCUUCAACAUUGUUAUCUAUGAAGUGGUUGGUGGGGCUGACAUUGACCAAGCAAAGGACAACAUUACACUCACUAUUCGGAAACAUGGUGACCCUAAUGGAGUAGUUGAGUUUGUGGAUGUAGAUGACCAACAGUACACUGAACCAACCACUGAUGCUGGGAGAUCCAUUACUCUCCCCAUUAUGAGAACUCUGGGGACAAUGGGAAACAUACAGGUUAUGUGGGAGGUCCGACAGCAGACCAGUGGAGGUGGCACCAUCGCUGCCUCGGCAGAUGUCAGCCCCUCCAGUGGAGUUGCCAGGUUCAGUGAUGGUGUGGCUACAUCAGCUGUGACCUUCACCCUGCUGCCUGAUACAGUACCUGAGCUGCAGGAGACCUUCAUCGUGGCACUGGUGGGAGUAGAAGGAGGUGCUGAAAUAGCAAACAACAAGAACACCACAAGGUUUUUUGUGAGUGCCAAUGAUGACCCCCAUGGAGUGUUUGCAGUGUUUGAUGAGUACCAGACAGUUCUAGUGACCACCAGUCAGUCCAGGGCUGUCCGGGUGAAUGUGACCAGACAACAGGGCACAGCCGGCACCAUCAGGGUGGACUUUGAUAUAUCAUACUCUCAAGCUGCUGUGGGGAGAUCCUACACGACUGUUCCCAGUGGGUCGGUGAGGUUUGCAGAUGGAGACACUUACGCUAUAGAAGAUGUUCCUGUCACAGAAGGGGUGUUUCUUCCAGUUGGAUCAAACUUCGUUGUAACCCUAACAGAUGUGGUACCUCAGGGUACACUAGAGUCUGGUCUACUGCCAAGGAUUGACCCGAACCAUAGAACUGCCAUGGCUGUGGUGCCACAGGCUGCUGGCAACUCUCAUAUUGGCUUUGAUUCCCUAGUGGUCAAUGUGAAUGCAGACACCCUUCAGGCUGAGCUGACAGUGACCAGGGUGGGAGCCUACAAGCAGGUGACUGUCCACUGGCAGGCUGAGAGUCAGGAGAACCUUCCUGAAGGAUUUGUUCCAGGCAUAAUCAGUCCUGUAGAAUCCACCCUCACCAUGCCUAAUGGUGUAUCAUCUCGCAGCUUUACUGUACAGCUGUCACCAAGUCCUGGCACCAAGGAACUGUUUGCUGUGCGACUUACUGCUGUCACCCCUGCUGGAGGGGAGGCAUUGCUCACAGACGGUCGACUUGUCGCUCAGAUUGAGCCAAAUGGAGUCAUACAGUUUGCAGUGGACUCAAGAGAAGUAACUGUCACAGAAAAUCUACAACAGGUGUCCCUAACUGUGGAGCGUCAGUUUGGAGUUUUGAACAACACCCGAAUCAUGUACAUGACAUCAUCUGGGACAGCUGUGGCAGGCCAGGACUUUGAGCCUGUCCCCAGUGGGUCCAUUAUCAUGGAGUCAGGAGACAGGACCGUACAGAUCCUGGUGCCUCUGCUGCAGGAUAGCCUGAAUAUCCCUGAACUAGACGAGUUCUUCUAUGUAAACAUCACAUCAGUGGAGGUGCUGCCCAGCACAAGGGAAACAGGUGUGUCCCCUCGGCUGAACCCAGAGUUCUCUGUGGCUAAGAUCACCAUCCGGCAGAACGACAACCCUCACGGUGUGUUCAGCUUCACACAGACGGAGGUCAUGACUACAGAGGACAGCACUGAUGGCACAGGCACCAAGAUCAUCUACAUCACAGUCAUGAGAACAGGUGGUACAUUUGGUGCUGUGAGUGUGUUGGUACGUUCCACUGGAGGAGGAGAAGCCUGGACACAGAACCCUGAUGCACCAGGGCUCCAAACUGCCAUGGCAGCAGACACAAGACAGAGGGUUACUUUGGGUCAGGACUACAGCUCUGGGCUAGAUGUCACUCUGAGUUUCCAGGAGGGUCAAAGGGAAAGCACAGUACCAUUCAGCAUCACUGAUGACAGCCUACCUGAGCCAACAGAGGUGCUGUUUUUGUACCUCACUAACCCAACAGGAGGGGCCAGGGUAGCAGAUCCCAGCACCGACAGCGGAGAACAGGGUUAUCUUACAGUAGUCAUUGCUGGUAAUGAUGGACAGAAUGGAGAGAUAGGGUUCAUCAGCAGGAGUCUGUAUGAGGAGGUGUAUGAAGAUGACACCGGCUCAGUGGAUCUUGUCAUUGACAGGGGAAGUAACUUCUUUGAGGAUGUAAGGGUUUACUGGCGAGCAACAUUCAACAAAUCAUCAGUGGUGCUCAUCAGAAAUGGGGUGUCUCUGCUGUCUGAACUGGAGGCUGUGCAGGGAGAUGUGCUCUGUGUGGCUGGGAUGGCCACAUGUACUAUCACUGUCCAACUGGUCAAUGAUCAAAAGCCAGAGUUCCCAGUGAUGUUCUAUGUCCAGCUGUACCAGGUUGGACCUGGUGCACAGAUCAACCCUGCAGCCAGCUUUGCAGAGGUGACCAUGGAGAACAGUGACUACCCGUAUGGUCUACUUCAGUUUGGCCUGGAGUCCCGCUCGGUUGUUCUCAAUGCAGCAUCCAGGAUAGCCCGGCUGAUGGUCAGCAGGGAGUACGGUUUGACUGAGCAGGCAACAGUGAAGUACAGGACCCGGCAGUUGGGCACACAGACGGUCGCCGGGGUUACCUUGUACCCAGCCAUGGAAGGAAGGGACUAUGAACAGGCUGAAGGACAGCUGGAGUUUAUUGCUGGAAGGAGUGGAGCCUCACUGGAGAUCACACUCACCCCUGACACAGCAUCCUCUGAGUCCUACCCUAAACGGUUCCAAGUUGAACUGUAUGAUGCUGAUCCCCCAGAGGCCACCAUCAGUAGUCAGUACGGCAUUGCAGAUGUUACCAUUGCUGUUGAUGAGUCCACAGAGGACCUGUGGGAGAUCUGGGCAGAAGCUCUGAGAGACCUUUCAGACAGGAGCAUUGAUCAGAUCUUGGAGCGUCUGGUGACAGCCAGUGAUCCCGAGCUCACACAGGAACAACUAGAUGUGUCCCUGAACACCAUGGAGCAAAUCAUUGAGGAGGGAGAAUCUCGGGAGUUAACUUCUGGCACCAAGACAAUCAUGUACGAGUUCUUCUGCAAGCUGCUCGACUCAGAGAGAAGAGACACCAGGGGUUGCUCUAAGUGUAAUGAGCUUCUGAAGCGGUUUGCCUUGAUGUUGCUAACAGGAGUUCCCUGCAACCAGGUCCAACCAGCCAACUUGAUGUUAGACACCUGUGCCAACCUUGUAGUGUCUCCCAUCCGCCAAAUACCAAACAGAAUCAAUGGCUACACAUAUGAAGGCAAGAGAGGGGACUACUUCAAACUUCCAGAUUCACUCCUUUCCUCUCCUGGAACACCUAAUGUCACCUGUCAGGACCUGUACUUUAUUGAGUACACCAGUCAGCAGUGGUUCAGUCCUGUGGACUCUCCUGUUGUCGGACAGAAGAUCAUCUCUGUGUCAGUGAAGAACAGGGAAUUCACAAAUCUCAACCCUGAUGACCCUGUCAAGUACCUUAUCCACACCACAGACCAACGCAUCACCCCAGAAGGUGCAAGUUGUGUUACUUGGAACCCUGCGACUUCUUGGCAGGCAACCGGCUGCAGAGUUCUAAAUGACAAGUCCAACUAUGUGGAAUGUGCUUGCACACACAUGUCCGAUUAUGCAGCACAAGCCAAGACAGACAACCUAGCUGGAUACACUAAUUACGUGUACGCAGCCUGCUUUAUAACGAUUAUUGGAAUGGCUCUGACCAUCCUGGCCCACCAUUCUGUGCAACAUGUACUCUAUGUUCUCUUACAAGCUGCACAUGCAUCUGGCAUUUGCAUGCAUGGCCACUCAGAUUGCUUUUACUGUAGGAGCCUAUAUCAGCAGUACCUUAGACAAGGGGAGCUGUGCUGCACUUGGCAUUGUGCUUCACUACUUCUUCCUGGCACAGUUUACUUGGAUGUUCAUACAGGCCAUCAACUUCUACAGGAUCCUAGUGAUGAAUGAUGAGCACACAGAAAACAAGUACAUGCUGUUCUUUGUUCUGGGCUGGGGUCUUCCUGUGCUGGUGGUGGGAGUUUUCAUCAUCGUGGUGUUCGCUGUGUGGCAGUGGGACAUCACAACACUGUAUGCAGACGUCCAUGGAAAUGGGGACAUGU